UUCAGCACAUGCUCAGUCCGGCUCAGAAAACAGCCAAUCCUCUAAGAGCAACAGCACAGUUAACAUUUGCAUGAGGUGGUUAUAAAAAGACUGGACCGCAGUACAUACGUCAUUACUCCGGAGCAACCUCUGCUUGAAUCAUGCCUGAUCCAGUGAAAGCGCCCAAGAAGGGCUCAAAGAAAGCCGUCACUAAAGCAACCAAGGGCGGCAAGAAGAGGAGAAAGUCCAGGAAGGAGAGCUACGCCAUCUACGUGUACAAGGUGCUGAAGCAGGUCCACCCCGACACCGGCAUCUCCUCCAAGGCCAUGGGCAUCAUGAACUCGUUUGUCAGCGACAUCUUUGAGCGCAUCGCCGGUGAGGCCUCCCGUCUGGCUCACUACAACAAACGCUCCACCAUCACUUCCAGGGAGAUCCAGACCGCCGUCCGCCUGCUGCUGCCCGGAGAGCUGGCCAAGCACGCCGUGUCUGAGGGCACCAAGGCCGUCACCAAGUACACCAGCUCCAAGUAAACUCUUACUGCUGCUGCUCCAACAACACAACGGCUCUUCUAAGAGCCACCCACUUCAUCCCCAAGAGCUUUUCCUCUUGUCCUUCAAACUUUAAAAAAGAUUA